AAAAAAAUAUAUUUAUUUCCUUUUUUUUAAGAAUGUAAAAAACUUAUUUCCUUUUCUUGUCCUCUUUAUAUAUGCUUUCUAUUAUUUGUCAAUAAGGUUAGAUUGAUUGGCAAGGUUUUCAGAGAACACUACAACGAUUGCAUCGUUACUAUUCUUUCAAGGAAGUCGGAUUUGAUAUCAAUCUAGGCGUUUCGUAUUGAAGAUUAAAGUUACGAUCUACGGUUCUUCUCUCAGUUUUUUUUUUUUGUUUUAAGGUUCUUCUCUCACUGUAACUCGAGACCUCCUCAAUGAAUACUUCAGACAUCUCGAUCAUCUCCGAAAAGAUGGAAUCUAUGUCACUGAGUCACCGUGUUGCGCGUCACAACAAGAAAUUACAAAAGUCUAGAUAUUCUCCUUACAGUAAAGAGACUAACAUUAUCAUUGAGAAGGAGAUGCAGAAAGAUGAGGCUAUACGACUCGGAGUUGAGUUCUCGCUCUUUGUGGCUGAAGCAAUGGUCUUAUUAUCUGAUGACAUACGUUCUAUGUUACUGUUCUGUCUUUGGCUACUGAAGGAUGCAGGAAAAGGUAUUACCGCUCCCGUGGUAGGAAGGCUGAUUUUUGUUAUGAUAUAUGUGUUUGAAACAUAUAUCAAACCCAAGAAUGGAGUCUAUCAGGCUGGUGGCAAAUCGAAACAAUGGGAACUUAUCGUAAACUCUAGCCAGAAUUUUGUUUUUGGAAUCGGAGAAUUGGAUCGCAUUGUUUUGAUUCUUAGGAAGAGAGAAAGCUCUUUUGGUGAGUUAGUGAAAACAUCGGAUUUUGAACACUACAACCAAGAGCUGAAAAAGCUAGAGGAGACGUUGAGGUCUGCCAAAAAUGUUUCAGAGGCGUAUGGAUUUUCGAGAGAAGCGAUAAAGUCUAACAUUCUUUAUUUGUGGAAGCCUCUCUUUGAAACCUCACCACCUAAGGUGAAAGUGAUCAACCCUAAAAAUAGAAUUCUUGAGAUGUUUAAGCCUCUCUUGAUCCAAGCCAGGGAGGAUGCUUGCUCUCGUCUUAUUGCUUCUUUACAUAUAUGAAUCAAAGUUUCUUAGAU